AUGGCGGCCGUGGCGGGAAGGUUGCUCUGGGCUUCGCCCUUCCGACAUGUGAGUGCCAUUCCUUGGGGCAUUUCUGCCUCUGCAGCCCUUAGGCCUGCUGCUUCUCGAAGAAUGUGCUUGACAAAUGCAUUGUGGUCUGGUUCUGAUCAAGCAAAAUUCUCCUUUAGCACCAGUUCCUCAUACCAUGCCCCCGCCGUCACCCAGCAUGCACCCUAUUUUAAGGGUACAGCUGUUGUCAGCGGAGAGUUCAAAGAAAUUAGCCUUGAUGACUUUAAGGGGAAAUAUUUGGUGCUCUUCUUCUAUCCUUUGGAUUUCACCUUUGUGUGUCCUACAGAAAUUAUUGCUUUCAGUGACAAAGCCAAUGAAUUUCAUGAUGUGAACUGUGAAGUUGCUGCAGUGUCGGUGGACUCCCACUUCAGCCACUUGGCCUGGAUAAACACGCGGAGGAAGAAUGGUGGUUUGAGCCAAAUGAACAUCGCACUCUUGUCAGAUUUGACCAAACAGAUUGCCCGAGACUAUGGUGUGCUGUUAGAAGGUCCCGGCCUUGCACUACGCGGUCUCUUCAUAAUUGACCCCAGUGGAGUCAUCAAGCAUCUGAGCCUUAAUGAUCUCCCAGUGGGCCGAAGCGUGGAAGAGACCCUCCGCUUGGUGAAGGCGUUCCAGUUUGUGGAAACCCAUGGAGAAGUCUGCCCGGCCAACUGGACACCCGAGUCUCCUACAAUCAAGCCCCAUCCAACUGCUUCCAGAGAAUAUUUUGAGAAGGUAAAUCAGUAGACCGUCCAGUGCACACCUGGAGCUUCCCACACCAGAAAAGAACCAGAGUGGGAACUCACUUGUAGCUUUUCAAAGAUUAGUAUUUACAGCAGGCAAAAAAAACCAAACCCAAUGAUGCUUAUAUUCAUAAAUAGUAUUACUCUAAAUGUUUUGUUUUUGUAAUGGUGGCCAAGGCUUUUAAAAUG